ACAUACUACACACGCCUUUAAGAUGCUGCAGCAGUGCAUUAUUAAGUCACCGAAUGGCGCAUUGGGCCUGAAUUUGAGUCGUGCACCUUGGGACCCAUAUCCGUGGGUCAGCGGCGUGCAGGCGGAGUCAAAUGCCCAAUUGGCAGGUGUCCGCAUUGGCGACACCUUGCUGCAGCUGAAUGGCAUCGAUGUCUUGGGCAUGAGGAUCAGCGAGCUGGCCAACCGACUGCGGGAGCAUUGGCUAACUGGCGCUGAGCAUGCGACCAUGAUGAUGUGGCGACAACAGCCAGCCACACUCAGCUCAACAGAUGACCCCAACGAGGCGGCGCACGCUGUGCAGCAUGGCAUUAAUCAACAGUCGCUGCAAAAGUUUGCAACAUGCCUGCAACAUAUUGCCCAAUUACUGGAGUGUCCUGUUUGUUGUGAUGUCGUCAAACCACCUGGCUGGCAGUGCUGCAAUGGACACGUGCUUUGUAAUAAUUGCCGUAACCGCUCGGUAAAGUGUCCGGUUUGCAGGGUGCCAUUGGGACCUAGGGGACGCUGCCUGCUGUCGGAUAAAUUAUUUACGCUGCUAGCGGAAAAUUUCCCCUGUGAUGGAGUGAAAAUCAACAAGGAGAACGACAACAGCAACAGCAACAGUCGGAGCAUUGAAAACAGCAAUGCCAAAUGCACGAAUGAAUAUCAUAAUCAACCAAAAAUGGCACUGGCCAAAUCAAACUCAAACUCGAGCAAAAAGUCCAGAAAAACAUCGAGGCAGCAGCAGUUGCAGGAGGACACACUGAUUUUGGUUGUGAAUGGAGCUGGUGCUGGCGAGGAGCAGGCGAAGGCGAUGCUCGAGGAAGAGAAGAAGGAGGUGAAACAGUGCGUUAAGCAGGUUUCAGGAAUGCCAAAGGGAAAUGAGCAAAGUGCGCAAAUACUACGAAAUAAUGUCAACGAUGCAGGCCUGCAAUGUGGCAUGAUAAAAGCACAGCAGGAGCAGCAGGCAGGGAAUAGCACUAAGGAGGAGGCGGUGGAAAGCAACAAUAUGCUCGUUAAACCAAAGUUAAAGUUGAGUAAGAAAAGUUGGCAGAUUACAGGCCGAGAUCAAGACGAAUUGCGCAGCGAUGAAGUUGCAAACAUAAAUAAUGGCCAACAGCGCAUGCUGGGAUUGGAACUGCACAGCAGCGGACAGCAGCAGUCUGAGGUAGAGGGGCAGGUGUUGUUGCUGGUGGAGGCAGAGGCGAAGAAAAAGAAGGAGGAGGAGGAGGAGCAAAGCACAGGCCAACAGCAAUAUCAAAAUUAUCAUUGCCCGACUGGGAAAUCAUGCUGCACUCAGGCGAAACUUUUCCAGCCAGCGAGCGCCAACAAAUUGUCAACCGUCAAACGAGAGUCUGCCACCGCCAACGUCACCGCCACCGCAGCACCCGAAAAGCGGUUGGGUGCAGUCGCUGAAAUUGCAUUUGUUGUUGCAACAGCAGCAGCAAACAGUGCGGCGACCUUAUCAGCGGACAGCCACAAAGCGACUCCCAAGGCGAAUGCGGCGCAUUUGGUGAAUGGAGGAGCAUCAAUAAAAAUGCUUUUGAACUUGCAGCCAAGCAAUGUCGCAUUGGAGCCACUGAAUGUUGUGCACUUCGACGGCACCUUUGGCCAGCGUUUGCGCGUCCAUGUUCAACUUCGGCCCCAGCAGACGCAGGUCUGUCUGCGUCUGAGUGAGGAGCCAAGUUCUGGGUCCCGCGAAGUGCAAACAUUUUUCUUGGCCCUGUUGCCGUGGCACGACAAGUAUGCCGUGUUCCUUUGGCACCUCAAUGCUGCGGAGCAAGAGCCAGCACAACACUUUCAGACAGUCAUCGAGGCGCAAGGCAAUCGGGUCAAAUGGUUUGGUCAAGCUCAGCCGGUGACCCGCAGUUGGCCAGAGAUCUGUGCAGCUGGGCAAUUUCUCACUUGGAUGGAUGAGGGACAACAGUCUUGCACGGCAUUCGAUAUUAUCGUGAAGAGGAAAUAGUCUCAGUUCUAGUUUGGAUAAUUAGUUGGAUUAUAGCGUAUACGUAAUGAAUAAUUUAUGACUAAGUGUAAAAUAAACAUUGCCUACAC